UCACUUGUGGUCUGUCUGUAGAUCAGCUUACUGCGUCCUUCUUUCCACUGCUUCAGUCCUUCUCUCUUUAUAGGGCUUGACUUCUUCUACAUUCCUUUUCAAGGAACAUCCAUCUCUCCGUCGUCGACAAGACAUCAUCAACAUCCCAUCAGCAGCCUCUGCUUUCUCUCUCUCUCUCUUUCUCUCUUAACAGUCAAGAUGCUUUUCAAGUCUGUCUUCGCUGCCUCCCUCCUGGCUGGCCUCGCUUCGGCCCUUCCUUCUCGCCGCUCCACUGGUGGUGGAGUCACGAUUGUCAACAGCAUGGGUGCUACCGUCUACGCGUGGUCUGUUUCUGAUAGAGUCAGUGACAUGUCGACCCUUUCUGCGGGCGGUGGUUCCUACACCACUGGGUGGGAAACCAACGAUAACGGUGGCGGCAUUUCCGUCAAGCUCUCCACCAGCCAAACCCAGGCCGACGUGCUCCAGUUUGAAUACACCAAGGCGGGCGACACCAUCUUUUGGGAUAUGUCGUCCAUCAACCUGAGCGCCGAGUCCGAGUUCGUCAAGUACGGAUUCAGCGUCAUCCCUUCGCAGUCUGCGGAGAACUGCCCCACCGUGACUUGCGCUCCGGGCGACAUCAACUGCUCCGAGGCCUACCAGCAGCCCGACGACAACCACGCUACUCACGGUUGUCCCAUUGACACCACCUUCACCCUUACCCUGGGUUCCGCGUAAGGAAUGACAGCAGGUGUGAAUCCGGUGUUCAAUUGGGGUUUUGGGGUUUC